CCGACACACUACAUAGGAAUGACAGUCAUGAUAAACGACGUUCGAAAGUGGGCAAAUCUAUUGAAGAAGUGCGACAAGAUGCGAUGUUUGUGAUGUACUAUCUAAGAUGAGUCAAAAUGUCGGCUGCUAUUUCUGUCUGUCUCUCUCGAUUUCGCGGCUGGAUCAUAAAGCACUUCUACGAUCCUGGAUCCAGAGCGGAAAUAGACGCUAA